GCUCCCUCCGACAUCGGCAAGUGCAACUUCGCCGUCAUCGGCAGGUUCACCGUCAUCGGGUUCUCGGCUGAGCUUAUCGGCGGGUGCGCCGACAUCGAGUACCAGGCUGAGCGUAUCGUCGGGUGCGCCGACAUCGAGUACCAGGCUGAGCUUAUCGUCGGGUGCGCCGUCGUCGGGCACCAGCCCGAGCUCAUCCUCAGGUUCGCCGACAUCGGACACUUGGCUGAGCUGAUCGUCGGGUGCGCCGUCGUCGGGUACCAGCUCGAGCUUAUCCCCAGGUUAGCCGACAUCGGGCACUUGGCUGAGCUUAUCGUCGGGUGCGCCGACAUUGGGCACUUGGCUGAGCUUAUCGUCGGGUGCGCCGUCGUCGGGUACUUGGCUGAGCUUAUCGUCGGGUGCGCCGACAUCGAGUACCAAGCUGAGCGUAUCGUCGGGUGCGCCGUCAUCGGGUACUUGGCUGAGCUCAUCGGCGGGUGCGCCGACAUCGAGUUCCAGGCUGAGCUUAUCGUCGGGUGCGCCGACAUCGAGUACCAGGCUGACGUUAUCGUCGGGUGCGCCGUCAUCGGGUACUUGGCUGAGCUUAUCGGCGGGUGCGCCAUCAUCGGGUACUUGGCUGAGUUUAUCUGCGGGUGCGCCGACAUCGAGUUCCAGGCUGAGCUUAUCGGCGGGUGCGCCGACAUCGAGUUCCAGGCUGAGCUCAUCGGCGGGUGCGCCGACAUCGAGUUCCAGGCUGAGCUCAUCGGCGGGUGCGCCGACAUCGAGUUCCAGGCUGAGCUUAUCGGCGGGUGCGCCGUCGUCGAGUUCCAGGCUGAGCUUAUCGGCGGGUGCGCCGACAUCGAGUUCCAGGCUGAGCUCAUCGGCGGGUGCGCCGACAUCGAGUACCAGGCUGAGCUUAUCGGCACGGGCGCCCUCGGCGCUCGGCAGGGCAG